AUGGACUCCAAAAAUGCAUCAAAAAGAGAUACUGGUAAGGAUCUUGGGCCUCAAGAGCCCUCGUCAUCAAGAUGGGAUCUCCUAAGCGGUGUCAUAUGGGAUGGUCCUCGAACGAAAGAAGAACAUCGCCUUGUGCAACGCCUCGACUUCUUCGUAUUAAGCUGGGCUACUUUUGGAUAUUUCGUCAGGCUACUCGACUCAAGCAACAUCACAAAUGCGUAUGUCAGCGGUAUGAAGGAAGACCUCGACUUUCAAGGCAACGAGUACAACCUUUUACAAACUUUCUUUACUUGCGGGUAUCUGGUCGGUCAAAUUCCUUCACAGUUCUUGCUCACUCGCUUUCAGCCCUCAAUCUACCUACCCGUGGCGGAGCUUCUCUGGACCAUUGUCACAUUUUGUUUUGCCGCUGUCAAGGACGUUCGUCAUGUCUUAGCAAUGAGAUUCCUGCUAGGAUUCCUUGAAAGUCCCUUUGCCGUCGGCGUUCUGACCAUCAUGGGAAGCUGGUACACGCCUCGAGAACUCUCCAAGCGGAUUUCAAUCUUUUAUUCGGCCAGCUAUGCUGCUAGCAUGUUCAGCGGAUACCUCCAAGCCGCAAUCUAUCGAGGUCUCAAUGGAGCCGGCGGCCUCCCAGGUUGGCGGUGGCUUUUCAUUUUCUGUGGCAUAAUCUCGAUCUGGGCUCCCAUCUGGGGAUUUUUCGCCGUCCCUGAUAACCCUCAUAUCACAAGGGCUCGCUGGAUGCGUCCGAGUGAGCAGGCAAAGCAUAUCGCGAGGAUGGAAGCCAUCGAUCGGCGCAAACCCGAGCCUUUGACAAAAGCCAGGGUCUUGGGUAUUUUCACGAACUGGCCCAUUUACGUCUUCAGCUUCGCAUUGAUUUGCCAUUGCGUUGUCACACAACCCCUUAACUACUUCUCUGUUUGGCUGAAGUCCUUGAACCGCUUUACGGUCUAUCAGAUCAACCUCUUUCCUACCGCAGCGCAAGCCGUCGGUCUCGUGACCACUCUGCUAUAUGCUUGGCUCUCUGAUGGGUUGGGGAAGAGGUGGCAGGUUUUACUGAUUCCAGCUACCAUCAACCUUAUCGGCAUGAUCAUGGUUGCAGUUGAAUCAAGCUACGCGUUGACCUUUGUCGGAUAUGUUAUCAACGCCGCUUCGUGGGGCUUUUGGCCGGUCCUUUACGCCUGGGCAAUUGAGAUCAUGCACAAGAACAUGGAGGAGCGUGCGAUCGUUAUUGGGGUUGCACAGACCCUAGGCCAAGCUUUCAUUGCAUGGGUUCCAGUUGUGAUCCUCGAUGUGGGUAAAUAUGCACCGUCCUUCCAUAUGGGGUUCUCCGUCAUGUGUGGAGUGAGCGUUUUGGAGCUUUCGAGUAUCUUCAUAAUCAGACACUUUGAGAAGCGAGAAAAGGCGAAGAACGAACAGUCCAUUGUUAGCAACUAA